AUGUGUCCAGCACCAGAUGACGCGACAAAUGGCCAUGCCAACGGCACCAAUGGUGCCUCCAAUGGCCAGCCAGACGGCAGCUACAAGGCUUUUGAGACCAAGCAGGCCUCAAGACCACAAUCCACCAACCCAUACGCACCCGUACAGGACUUCCUAAGCAAUGUAUCGAACUUCAAGAUCAUCGAAUCCACCCUCCGAGAGGGCGAGCAGUUCGCCAAUGCCUUCUUCGACACCGAGACCAAGAUCAAGAUCGCCAAGGCACUCGACGACUUUGGCGUGGACUACAUCGAGCUCACCUCGCCAGCCGCAUCAGAACAGUCGCGACUCGACUGCGAGGAGAUCUGCAAGCUUGGACUCAAGGCUAAGAUUCUCACACACGUGAGGUGUAACAUGUCGGAUGCCAAGCUCGCGGUUGCAACAGGAGUUGACGGUGUGGACGUCGUCAUUGGCACCAGUAGCCACUUGAUGCAGCACAGUCACGGCAAGGACAUGACAUAUAUCAAGAACACUGCCAUCGAAGUCAUUGAGUACGUCAAGUCGCAAGGCAAGGAGAUCCGAUUCAGCUCGGAAGAUUCCUUCCGCAGUGACCUGGUCGAUCUCCUCAGCAUCUACAGUGCUGUCGACAAGGUCGGUGUGCACAGAGUUGGCAUCGCAGACACAGUUGGUUGCGCCACCCCACGCCAGGUCUACGACCUCGUACGAACGCUCCGCGGUGUAGUCAGCUGCGACAUCGAGACUCACUUCCACAACGACACCGGAUGCGCCAUCGCAAACGCAUACUGUGCCCUCGAGGCCGGGGCUACCCACAUCGAUACUUCGGUCAUCGGUAUUGGCGAGCGAAACGGUAUCACUCCUCUCGGUGGCCUGAUGGCUCGCAUGAUCGUCGCAGACCGCGACUACGUCAAGAGCAAGUACAAGCUGGAGAAGAUCAAGGAGAUCGAGGAUUUGGUCGCCGAGGCUGUUGAGAUCAACGUGCCAUUCAACAACCCAAUCACCGGGUUCUGCGCCUUUACCCACAAGGCUGGUAUUCAUGCCAAGGCCAUCCUGAACAACCCAUCGACAUACGAGAUCAUCAACCCGGCCGAUUUCGGAAUGAGCAGAUAUGUCCACUUCGCCUCGAGAUUGACUGGCUGGAAUGCGAUCAAGUCGCGUGCUGAGCAGCUCAGUCUCAACAUGACCGAAGCCCAGAUCAAGCAGGUGACACUGAAGAUCAAGGCGCUCGCAGACGUAAGGCCACUGGCCAUCGACGACGCAGACAGCAUUAUCAGGAACUUCCACUUCAACUUGAGCUCCGAGAAGGAGAGGCCACUGCUCGAGCUCAGCCCAGAGGAGAAGAAGAAGUUCCUCAAGGCAGAGCAGGACCUCAGCAAGGAGGCAGAGAAGAGAUCGAUCGACGAGACUGUCGACCAGCAGGCGGAGGUCCCAGUCGCCAAGAAGACCAAGACCGCGACUGUUUCCUAG